AUGACGGAUAACGCCAACAAAUUAAAACCAGCGGAAACGCUUGAGAGCAUUGUGAAACAAAAUCGAAACAUUGACAACCCUGAUCUCGUGCACAUGAGUUUCGUUAAACGUACGAUGCUAAUAAUCGGAAUCUGGCCUGCGAAUUUUCGAUUUAUUAUUAUUUACAACUUGUAUUUUUAUACGAGCUUUUUGUAUUACAUUCUCUACAAUAUGACCCUGAUGAUACAGGUAUUCGCUACCUGGAAUCAAGACAUGAUUAACGCGGCUGGUAAUGCCGCGGUAGCUAUUAUUUACAUAUUAAACAUCUACAGGGUCGUGAUCUUCAGGUCGUUAAGAUUUCGCGCACUGAUCCACCAGACAGAAAUGAAAGAACGACAAAUCCUGACCUGCAGUAGCGACACCAUCAAAGGCAUCUUUACGAAAAACGUAGCCUUCACUAGAAGACUGGUGAGAAUCUACGUUGCGAUAGGUACUACGGGAAUCUCCUUAUAUUACGCGAGUCCUCUGGUAGAAGACGCGUUACUACCCCUUCCUUUCGAUAAUUCCACGGGGGUUCAACCACGACGUCUGAUUUUUUCUAGCUGGUUUCCUUUCAAUCCCAAUCUGCAUUACUGGACAUCUUACUUUCUUCAGUUCGUGGCAGGAUUCUACGGUUAUUCAUAUAUUGUCCAUUGCGGCGCAUUUUACAUUACCAUGUUGACUUUUGUCACUGCCCAGCUCAAGAUACUUAGACAUUUAUUCGCCAACUUUACCGCCUAUUGCGACGAAUAUUCCAAGACACAUAAUUUUAGUGACGAAGAAAAUCGGAACAUCGUCCUGAAAGCACUAAUCAGAGAACAUCAACAUGUCAUCAGAUUCGUUUGGGAAAUGAACGAUUGCAUGAAGUUAUUCACCAUGAUGGAUUUUAUUAUUUCCUCUUUUCAAUUAUCUCUGGUACUAAUCCAAGUGCUAGGCAGUUCGAAGAUAACCGAAAGGUUUGCCGCUUUUUCAUAUUUCUUGACACUAAACACGCAGUUAUUAUUUCUUUAUUGGAACGCCCACGAAAUAACGGUCCAGAGCGAGAAAAUCGCGGUCAGUGUUUUCGCCGGUGACUUCUACAAUUAUCCGGGAAAUGUCACCAAAAUGCUACAGAUGGUCAUUAUCAGAGCUCAGAAACCGCUGGUUUUAACCAUCGGACCGAUGGGACACGUAAAGAUGGAUGCAGUCUUUCAGAUAUUUCGAGCACUAUAUUCAUACAUAUGUCUGAUAUUGAGACAUUAGGAAGAAUUGCGAAACGUUUUUCACUACGACCGACGCUGAUAUGUACUU